CUUGUAUCGUGUAACAAUAAAAGUAAUGCCUCUUAUUUGAACAUAUGGCAUGGUUUCGAUCAUGGAAAACGUGAUGAUUUAGGCUAUUAGGCUACUUCUGUUGUAGCCCCUGUAUUUAGAGUAGGCUACUGAUAAGUGCGACUUACAUAAAAGUGUACAGAAGUUCGAAUAUUCACGUUCUUCGUGUAUUGAACGUGAAAUGCGGCUACCCCAUGUUUCCUUCAGAUAUUUUCGUAAAUGUCUUCUGUUCUGUACUACAUUUAUGCAGUUCACACGUAACGCGCCACUUGAACGUUGUCUUGGGUAGGCUAUGGUUUGUUUUCAUAAUGUCGCCACCAACAUUAAUAAUAUCAUAAAAGUUGGCUUUUAUGUUGCCGUGCAUUAGGGGUUCUAUUGCUUGCUCAAUGUCUUGUUUCUAUGGGGAAGCAAUUUCACUUUUGUCCACAAAGCGGUACUAUUCAUCGACUGACGUGCGUAUCACUAGGUAUCCAACUCCAAGUGUAAACGGAUUUGAGGCUUUAAAAAGUUUCUUUGAAGUUUUAAGUGUGUUGUAUUUUCUUUAUUUUGAAGACGUUUUAAUUUAAAGAGGUUGGUAUUUAGAGUUUGGCUCAUGGGAAAGGCAUCGUAACAAUCAAAGGGAAAAUUUGGAAUCUCCUUUGCCUCGCUUAUAGCUUGGGAAUUCUCUCGGACUUAACUUUCGCCGGAGGUCACGCAAAUUGACCUUAAAAGAAUGCAUUAGCCAUAAAUUAAAAUAAACCCCUCAUCCAAAACCUGAUCCAGUGAGAGACAAUACACGACCUGGACAAACCAGGCUUCCUUCGCGAGCCGACCAAACGGUGCGCGGUGCUGGGGAAGAGGGAACUUGACAUUGCUGUUAGCUGUGAGUGGAAGUUCCCUCAUAAGGUCACUUUCAUGAAUUCAAAAUCAACUAACCAGUGAUCUCUGGGUGCUGGGGCUACAAUCUCUCUGUUUCUACUCCUCCCACAGCAGCCAUGGAGGCCUCUCCUCGUAGCAGCUUUUUCCUGAGCAGAAUAAUGUCGUCCAAGCAAGCCGCCUCUCCGUUCCUCCCUGCCGACGGGGACGACGCCAUGAGCCAGGACAGGGUGUCCUGGGACAAGGAGGAGAGCAGCGACCCCCACGGCCCCCCCCAGCUGCCCCUGCACACCGUGCUGCACAGCAAAAGCCCCCCGGAGGAGCUCCCCGCAAUCAGCAGCGUCCCCCCGGAGUCAGAGUGGGACAGCAUCGUGUCUGCCCAGCAGCGCAUGGAGUCGGACAGCAAUAAGGUGUGCUCCCUGUACUCCUUCCGGAAUAACUCUACCUCGCCCCACAAGCCCGAGGAGGGGGCCCGGGAGCGUGGCGGCGCCGGUGGCGGCGGCGGCGGCGGCGGUGACCAGCUGAGUGGCUCCGCCUUCGGGACCCCCGAGCGGCGCAAGGGAAGCCUGGCCGACGUGGUGGACACCCUCAAGCAGAAGAAGCUGGAGGAGAUGACCAAGACUGAGCAGGACGAUUCAUCCUGCAUGGAAAAACUUCUCUCUAAAGACUGGAAAGAAAAAAUGGAAAGACUGAACACGAGCGAGCUUCUGAGUGAGAUAAAGGGUACCCCCGAAAGCCUGGUGGAGAAGGAGCGGCAGCUCUCGGCCAUGAUCACGCAGCUGAUCAGCCUGCGGGAGCAGCUCCUGGCCGCUCACGACGAGCAGAAGAAGCUGGCCGCCUCGCAGAUGGAGAAGCAGCGGCAGCAGAUGGAGCUGGCGCGGCAGCAGCAGGAGCAGAUCGCAAGACAACAGCAGCAACUUCUGCAGCAGCAGCACAAAAUCAACCUACUGCAGCAACAGAUUCAGGUCCAAGGUCACAUGCCUCCGCUCAUGAUCCCCAUCUUUCCACACGACCAGCGCACUCUGGCAGCUGCCGCUGCUGCGCAGCAGGGCUUCCUCUUCCCCCCGGGAAUCACGUACAAGCCAGGUGAUAACUACCCGGUGCAGUUCAUUCCAUCCACAAUGGCAGCUGCCGCCGCGUCGGGGCUCAGCCCCCUCCAGCUCCAGGUCUCUUCCCUGCAGCAGCUGUAUGCGGCCCAGCUGGCCAACAUGCAGCUCUCACCCGGAGCCAAGAUGUCCUCCCUGCCCCAGCCCCUGAACUCCUCCGGCCCCGUCUCGCCCACCGGCCCCAAGGGGGAGAAGCGGCCCUCCAGCCCCCUCAUCCAGGUCAAGGACGAAGGGACGCAGCCCCUCAACCUCUCCGCUCGGCCCAAGACGGCCGAGCCGGUCAAGUCCCCCGUGUCCCCGACCCACAGCCUGUUCCCUGGCAGCAAGACCAGCCCCAACAGCCUGUCCAAGAGCAGCGUCCCCAGCCCCAUCGGAACCCUGGGCCGCGGGUCCUCUCUGGACAUCCUGUCCAGCCUGAACUCCACGGCGCUGUUUGGUGACCAGGACGCGGUGAUGAAGGCCAUCCAGGAGGCGAGGAAGAUGAGGGAGCAGAUCCAGCGGGAGCAGCUGCAGCACCACCAGCAGGGCAUGGAGGCCAAGUUCUCUGCCCUCAGCAGCAUGGGCCUCAACAACUGCAGGGCUGACAAGGAGAGGGCGCACUUCGAGAGCCUGGGGACACCACUGGGGAAGCUGGGCGAGGACGGCAAGAUGGGCCACCGGGUCAUCGACCUCACCCGGCCCGAAGAUAUGGACGGAGGCGCCAGCACUACGGAGGCUCGGGUGUACAGGGAAGCGCGGGGACGCAACAGCAACGAGCCACACAUCAAGCGGCCCAUGAACGCCUUCAUGGUGUGGGCCAAGGACGAGCGGAGGAAGAUCCUGCAGGCCUUCCCCGACAUGCACAACUCCAACAUCAGCAAGAUCCUCGGCUCCCGCUGGAAGGCCAUGACUAACCAGGAGAAGCAGCCCUACUACGAGGAGCAGGCGCGGCUGAGCAAGAUCCACCUGGAGAAGUACCCCAACUACAAGUACAAGCCCCGCCCGAAGCGCACCUGCAUCAUCGACGGCAAGAAGCUGCGCAUAGGCGAGUACAAGCAGAUGAUGCGCUCACGGAGGCAGGAGAUGCGCCAGUUCUUCACUGUUGGGCAGCAGCCACAGAUUCCCAUCACCACCAGCGGGGGCGUGGUCUACCCCGGCGCCAUCACCAUGGCUACCGCCACGCCCUCUCCGCAGAUGACGUCAGACUGCUCCAGCGCCUCGGCCAGCCCGGAGCCCGCCAUCCCCGUCAUCCAGAGCACCUACGGCCUCAAGCUGGAGCCAGGGGCCAUGGUGAGCGGUGACCCCGUCAACGGCGACGACGACAUGGACAUGUACGAGGACUUCGAGGACGAGCCCAAAUCGGACUACAGCAGCGACACCGAGACCAGGGAGCCUGUUAGCGCCAACUGAGUCCGCCCUACGACCCUGAUACCCCCACCCCCCCCCAACGCCCCCCACGGCCAAACCCAGCAACAAGUCCACAGAUUCAUACCGGAGAGAACCAGAGUGAGAGAGGGAGAGGGAGAGAGAAAGAGACGGAAGAACGAAAUAACAAAGGCAAAGAAGAAUAAUAAUGAAAGGAAAAAAAACGACAAUUGAAGAGCAAAGCUCCCUUUCUGAACAUGUACUCCAUCUGAGCCUGCAUGCACAUGUGGCUCACCCACAUUCAGCUGUUGGUCUUAAACGUUUCUUUAAGUGUGAAGCAGUAUGUUUGUUUUAAGUUUUCCCAUUUCAUUUUCUCUGUUUUUUUUUUUGUUCAUGGACAUUUUGACACAGAUUUUUUUUUUUGUCUGUUCAACUUUGGAUGUCAGGACUUGAAAUUUAACAUUUAAUAUGAAUCCAUAGCUCUCACAGUCUUACAUUUUUUGUUCUUAUGAAUAUAUUCAUAUAUAUUUUCUUUUGAAUGCUUUAUUAGCUUAAUUUACUGUUUUGAUUGGGUAAUAAUUCUCACUCAGGUAUGCUGUGCCAGCCAACAGCUUGUGAAUGUGUUUUUAACCUGAACUAUUAAGAAAAAAUACAGAGAGAGAAAAAAGUAUUCUGAAAUUUCAUAAAGAUAAAACACAGAAACCAGUCCACCAGUGCGCUAACACGCACAAAGAGAAUGCAUUAGACUCCC